AAGGGAGGUAAAAUUCGCCGGUAGUUAGAGCAGGACAUGAGGAUGCCUGAAAUAGAAAGGGCGAAGCGCACCUGUGUGGGCGGAGCUUGAGUCAGCUGUGGCAGUGUUCAGACGGGAGUUUAACCGAGCCUCGCCAGUGUUGCCCUGACUCGUGACGGUGGUGUACGUGCCUCUCGCCCUCUUGAAACUAUUGCUUUGCUUUGUCUUGGGGCCGUGUGGCCAUGAGGAAAAUACUCCUAACGGGAUGCUUAAGGUGGAUAGUUCUUGGAGUAUGUCUGCUGCCUUGCUGGACUGUACGAGGAAACGAAGAGUUGCCAUCGAGCUACGUGGAGAGGCAGCGGUAUGACGGCUGGUACAACAACCUGGCCCACCCGGGCUGGGGCUCCGCAGAGUCGCGCUUGACGAGGAAGACGCCCGCCAGCUACGCCGACGGAGUGUACAUGAUGGCUGGCCAGGACCGCCCCUCCCCUCGCAAGCUGUCGGAGGCGCUCAUGAAGGGCCGCGACGGCCUGCCCUCCACCAUGAACCGUACCGCCAUGAUAGCCUUCUUCGGUCAGGUGGUGUCGUCGGAGGUGCUGCAGGCGUCCGAGGUGGGCUGCCCCAUAGAGAUGCACAAGAUCGACAUCGACAAGUGCGACGAGAUGUACGACCAACAGUGCACCGGCAACAAGUUCAUGCCCUUCCACCGCGCCGGCUACGACUUCUCCACCGGCCAGAGCCCCAACAGUCCCCGUGAGCAGCUGAACUACGUGACGUCGUGGUUGGACGCCAGCUUCGUGUACAGCAUCAGCGAGGCCAGACUCAACAUGCUGAGGUCCUUCGCCAACGGGACCUUCAGGACGGCGCCCGACGACCCCACCAUGCCGCCCCGCAACACCGAGAGGAUCCCCAUGUUCAACAACCCCACCCCACAGGUUCUCAAGAUUCUUAACCCGGAGAGGAUUUUCCUGCUAGGCGAUCAGAGGACCAAUCAGAACCCUGCUCUCCUGGCCUUCGGCAUUCUGAUGUUCCGAUGGCAUAACGUGGUGGCCGGUCGCGUCCAGGCCGAACACCCGGACUGGUCAGACGAGGACAUCUUCCAGCGGGCCAGGAGGAUAGUCACCGCCCACCUGCAGAACAUCAUUAUGUACGAGUUCCUGCCGGCAUUUCUGGGUGAGUCCGUGGAGCCCUAUCAGAGGUACCGGCCAGAUAUCCACCCCGGCAUCUCUCACGUCUUCCAGUCGGCCGCCUUCAGGUUCGGACACACUCUUGUACCGCCUGGACUGUACCGCAGAGGACCCGGGGAGGACUGUACCUUCCUCAAGACCCACACGGGCUUCUCCGCCCUCCGCCUCUGCUCCACCUGGUGGGACGCUAAUGACGUGAUGCAGGAGGACACGGUGGAGGAGCUGAUGCGGGGCCUGGCGUCCCAGCUGGCGGAGCAGGAGGACGUCGUCCUCUGUUCUGACGUGAGGAACAAGCUCUUCGGACCCCUCGAGUUCUCCAGACGCGACCUGGGAGCGCUGAACAUCAUGCGGGGACGCGACAACGGUCUGCCCGACUACAACACCGUCCGCAAGUGCUUCCACCUGCCGCAAGUGUCCUCCUGGCAGGAGAUCAACCCGGGCCUGGCCAGGGACCGCCCCGCUCUCAUCCACCAGCUCCAGACCCUCUACCAGGACAACCUCAUGAACAUUGACCUGUACGUGGGAGGGAUGCUGGAGACCCAGGAUGGACCCGGCCCGCUCUUCACCGCCAUCAUGAAGGAACAGUUCCUCAGACUCCGGGACGCCGACAGGUUUUGGUUCGAGAACGUUGACAACAUGAUGUUCACGAGGGAGGAGAUCGAGCAGAUCAGGCAGGUGAAGCUGUGGGACAUCAUCGUGAACGCCUCUGCCGUCAACCCCGACGAGAUCCAGCGGAAUGUGUUCUUCCAUCGGUCUGGGGAUCCGUGCCCGCAGCCGGCGCAGCUCAACACCAGCGAGAUGGAGCCUUGCGACUUCCUUCAGGGCUUCGAUUACUUCCAGGGGUCGGAGGUGACGUACAUCUACUCGUGCAUCCUGCUCCUGGCCGUGCCGCUGGUGUGCGCAGGCGCCGGCUACGCCACCGUCAAGUUCCAGAACUCCCGCAGGCGACACUUCAAGACCAAGCAGGAGGAGAACAACAAUGGCCGCAGCGUCGACAAGAUGAUGGUCAAGGAAUGGCUUCACCAGAACCACAAGCGCAUCGUAAAAGUGAGGUUUGGCCCCAAUCAAGAGAUCUCGACCGUGAACAGGAAGGGUGAGAAGAUGCGCAAGGUGGCUCUGAACGGUGUGGACGCUCUGCAGGUGGAGCUGACGCAGGACCCCCGCAGGAAGCCCAUGGUCCUCAUCCGCCCGCCCAAGGACCACGACCUGGUGCUGGAGUUCGACAACGAGGCAGCGCGCCGCAAGUUUAUCAACAAGCUGGAACAGUUCAUGAGCUCCCACAGGAAGACCGUGGAGAAGAUGCACACCAACAAGGAAGAGAUGCUGGCUAAUGCCGAGACGAAGGAGCGCCGUCAGAAGCGCCUGGAGCACUUCUUCAGAGAAGCCUACGAACUCACCUUCGGCCUCAAACCCGGAGAGGAGAAGCGGAAGCUGGAGGAUGCUGGCAACGACGUGAUCAUGGUGAUGCGCACGUCGCUCUCCAAGAAGGAGUUCGCGGGCGCUCUAGGCAUGAAACCUGACGAUAUAUUCGUACGGCGCAUGUUUAACAUUGUGGACAAAGAUGGCGACGGGAGGAUAUCCUUCCAGGAGUUUCUGGACACCGUGGUACUCUUCAGCAAAGGUACGACCGACGACAAGCUUCGGAUUAUCUUCGACAUGUGUGACAACGACCGUAAUGGUGUCAUCGACAAGACUGAACUAUCAGAGAUGCUCAAGUCGUUGGUGGAGAUCGCCAAGACUAACACCGUCAGUAAUGAGGAGGUUGAGGAGCUCAUUGAUGGCAUGUUCAGUUCGUCUGGCAUCGACCACAAGGAGUCGCUCACAUACGAGGACUUCAAGCUGAUGAUGCGAGAGUACAAGGGAGACUUCAUCGCCAUCGGGCUCGACUGUAAGGGAGCCAAGCAGAACUUCCUCGACACUUCCACCAACGUCGCCAGGAUGACCAGUUUCCACAUUUCUGAGAUCAGGGAGAGGAAUCGUCACUGGGUGUUUAAGAAGUACGACUCGAUCGCUGCCUUCCUGGAGGCCAACCGUCAGAAUGUGUUCUAUCUCUUUGUCUUCUAUGUCAUCACCAUCGCUCUCUUCUGUGAACGCUUUAUCCAUUACUCGUUCAUGUCUGAGCACACGGACCUGCGACACAUCAUGGGUGUGGGCAUCGCUAUCACCCGAGGAGCUGCCGCCUCCCUCUCCUUCUGCUACUCCCUCCUCCUCCUCACCAUGUCCAGGAACCUCAUGACCAAACUUAAAGAUUUCCGCGUCCAGCAAUACAUUCCACUAGACUCCCACAUACAGUUCCACAAGAUAGUAGCCUGUACUGCACUUUUCUUCAGUGUGCUGCACUCCGUUGGCCAUCUAGUCAAUUUCUACCACGUAACAACUCAGCCUGUAGAAAACUUACGGUGUUUGACUCAAGAGAUAGCCUUCGCCUCCGACCAGAAACCCACUAUUGGCUACUGGCUUUUCCAGACUUUAACUGGAUUGACUGGCGUGCUUCUGUUCGUCAUAAUGUGCAUCAUCUUCAUUUUUGCACAUCCAAUGAUUCGGAGAAAAGCAUACAAAUUUUUCUGGGCGGCUCAUCAGCUGUACAUCUUGCUGUAUGUGCUCAGUCUUCUCCACGGCCUCGCCCGCCUCACCGGAGCUCCCAGGUUCUGGAUAUUCUUCGUUGGACCUGGUAUUAUCUACACACUUGACAAGAUCAUUAGUCUGCGCACACGGUACAUGGAGCUCGACAUUAUUGAAACUGAACUGCUGCCAUCUGAUGUGGUCAAGAUCAAGUUCUACAGGCCACCAAACUUCAAGUAUCUGAGUGGACAGUGGGUCCGUCUCUCGUGCACAGCCUUCCGCCAGACCGAGUACCACUCCUUCACCUUAACAUCUGCACCUCAUGAGAACUUCCUCUCUUGUCACAUUAAAGCCCAAGGGCCAUGGACCUGGAAGCUUAGAAAGUUCUUUGAUCCACAUAACUAUAUUCACGAUGAAGAGAAUCCUCCGAGGAUCCGUCUUGAGGGUCCAUUUGGUGGCGGGAACCAGGACUGGUACAAGUUUGAAGUGGCAGUGAUGGUUGGAGGAGGUAUUGGAGUCACACCGUACGCGUCCAUUCUUAAUGACCUGGUGUUCGGCACCUCCACUAACAGAUACUCGGGUGUUGCCUGUAAAAAGGUAUACUUCUUGUGGAUCUGCCCAACGCACCGUCAGUUCGAGUGGUUCAUUGAUGUGCUGCGAGACGUCGAGCGGAAAGACGUCACCAACGUCUUGGAGAUGCACAUAUUCAUUACUCAGUUCUUCCACAAAUUUGAUCUUCGAACUACUAUGCUUUAUAUUUGUGAGAAUCACUUCCAGCGAUUAAGCAAGAGAAGCAUGUUUACGGGGCUCAAGGCUAUUAAUCACUUCGGAAGACCUGAUAUGACAUCGUUCUUAAAGUUUGUUCAGAAGAAACAUAGUUAUGUUUCUAAAAUUGGCGUGUUCAGUUGUGGGCCUAAUCCACUCACAAAAAGUGUCAGCACGGCGUGUGAGCAGGCAAAUCGGGGUCGUCGCCUACCGUACUUUAUCCAUCACUUUGAGAACUUUGGAUAAGUCCCUUGACGCUCAUCUUGGGGUUAUAACAACAACCCAUCAAACUUCUCUCUAAGUAGCUUCAGUAAUUACCGUGCCACCUUAUGUAUUGCUAGAGUUUCUGGAUGCUCUGUGUAAUGUAGGGAAUUCUCAAAUUCCAUUUUAAUUCCGUAUUCUAGGGCUGGCUGUGAGCAUAUUAUGCCCACACCCCUAACUCACGCUACCAGUCUCAUGCUCUAAGUUAGCAUUUUCUUAAAUUGCAGUUAUUGGAUGGUGUAAUGGAAAUUUUAGGGUAUGCCAUUUUUAGUAAAUGUAGUGCAAUUCUUCAGCAGAAAUCUUUUAAAAUAUUCAUAAAAAUUAUUUAUUGUAUAAAUUGCUAAAAAAAAUGCAGCUUAGAAUACAGUGGACACUGAUAUUUGAAGUACUGAACAAUCAUUGUAUAUACUGUAUCUUGAAAAUAUAUUUUAUACGAUUUAAGGAUUGAAUUAUGAUAUUUAAACAGUAUUCGUCAUGUAUUCUUAAAAUAAAAUAUAAUAUAUUCUUAUACUGAGUAAUAAGCAGUCAAGAUUUAUUACUUAUCAUUAUAUGCUUUUGUGUAUUAUGAUGCAUGCUGUGUGUGUCGUGCUCUGCGACUGGUUCUCCUAAAGUGUGACUGCAAAUGCUCACUCUCAUCAACUCGUGUAAUAUAUGCCAUAAACUGGUACACAAAUGUCCUUUACUUUUAACUCCAUAUAAUUCACUCCAUCAUGCUUUUGAAACGUGAUGUGUACAUUUCUAAUAGGCUAACCAAUAUCUAAAUAUUCAUUGUAUAUGGUUGUGCAAUAUUAUUUUAGAUUUUUUUUACUAUGAACUCCAUCUCUUGUAGUAUACUAAUCCAUAAAUAUUUGAAAAAACAAAAAAUUGACAAAUUUAACACAUAUUUUUGUCUGCUGCAUUAUAUGGUAACCUCAGCCAUAUUUUUACUGUGUAAAUUUUAACGAGAGUUACUGUGCUGUUCUGUUUGUAUUGCAACAAUAAUGCAAAUUUUCUGAUGAAAUUGUAAUGCAACAAAAUUUCAUGUGCAUGUCUGUAUACCCUGGAGAAUGAUACUGCCUGUGAAGAAGCUUAGGAAAGUGUCUGCACCUCACUCUUCUUAAUGAAUGGUUCAUGUUCCUUAUUCUUCACGAUUUUAAUGAUUUUUAUAUGUUGCUGUGUAUAAAGGCUUAGACAUGUGUGUAUGUUCUUCAGAGAUGGAACUUGUCAAUCUGUCUUCAAUAAAAUCUAAAACACAGUAGAGAGGAUUGUAUUGUUAACACCACAAAUAACCGUCUUCUGAAUUCACUUUGGUAACAUCAGAAUUUUUUCCCUUCAAUAUGUUUUACUUUGAUUUUAGAUUCCAGAGGAAUGGAGAAAUAGAAGUUUAGUAAUAUUUGGCAGACAUUGACUGUCUUCCAUUCCUAAUGUUUAAUACAAAAAAUAAUAUACUGUAAAAUACAAAUAUCAGAUGCACAUAUUUGGUGUUGGCAAAUUACAUAAUGAAUGCAGUUGUUAAUGUGUUAGAAAUUAUGGUUUUGUAAUGGUAUGUAUUUAAAAAAAUUUGUAAUUCAUAAAUUUACUAUAUAAUUUCGAGAUUCUUUGAGGCUAAUACAGCAUCUUAAUACAAUAAUUUAUUAAAUUUUCCAAAAAAUUAUGAACUACUGUAUUAGUUUUGCAGUCAGGUUAUAUUUAUAUCACUAAAAUUUUCAGUUCAUAGAAUAAUGAAAAUAUGCAACAUGCAUUACCUAAUAUACAUGGGUAACAUAAUAAAUAUUGGCCAAUCUUAAUAUACAUAUUUAUAGCAAGUGAAUGUACAGAUGGCGAACUUACAUUUUUGAUCUGUCAUUGUGCAGCAAGUUGUAGUAGAACAAUUGAAAUAAUUACAAUAUUCCCAGUUUUAACUCAAGUUUUUAUUUAUGACUUCAGUAUUGUAUCAUCACAGCAGAAAUUUACUCCACUAAGUGGAGGGGCUCUGCAAGGUGGUGUUAAUAUUACCAACUAUGGUCAUAAUUGACAAGUUAUACAAAGAUGGAAAAGUGGCAAUAGUGUAGACAAAGAUAAUGGUAUUAAGUUGCAUUUUAUUGGCAUAGAACAGUGACCAAGGGUGCUUGCAGGAUGAAAAAAAUUGGCAGUUUGCAUUUGUUUGUUCUGCAUAACACACUUGCUGUUUGUGAGAAAAAUGUUCUCAGCUGCUGUCACUUAGUUGUCAUUAUUUAAGCUGGGUAUUUACAAGCAACAAAUAAUAUAAUAUGGAUUUGUACUUUAGGCCAUAAAGUAUUAAUGUAUUGUCUUACUUUCUUGCGUUUCGAUAUUCAUACAUGUAAAGAGUACUUACGAAAUAAAAGUACCUUGAAGAUCAAACUGUGUUUUUAUAUUAAACAAAUUAUUACAAAA